AUGGGGCGACUGGAGCUAGGCAGCGCCAACCCCAGGAUCCCUGGGCUCUCUGGAGGAGGGACUUGGGUGACAGUCACUGUUGCCAAAAGGUGGCACCCUGUGGAGCCCUCCUGGAGCCGCGUGUUCUUCCAGAGUGCAGGGCACCGAGGCCCGGAGGGCAGGGACUGGCCAGGGUCCCACAGCUGGCCUGCACCUCUGUCCCCAUCUCUGCAACCCGCCCUGUCCCCUGCCCGGAGGACCCAUCAGUCACAGGCCCGCCUUCCAUGUGUCAUCCCCUUCCCUCCCCCUGCAGAGCUGCCCUCCUCGGAGCACCUGAGCGUGGCGGAUGCCACCUGGCUGGCCCUGAACGUGGUGUCAGGCGGGGGCAGCUUCUCCAGCUCGCAGCCCAUCGGCGUGACCAAGAUAGCCAAGUCGGUCAUCGCCCCACUGGCCGACCAGAACAUCUCCGUGUUCAUGCUCUCCACCUACCAGACGGACUUCAUCCUGGUGCGCGAACGGGACCUGCCCUUUGUCACUCACACCUUGUCAUCAGAGUUCACCAUCCUGCGGGUCGUCAAUGGCGAGACGGUAGCAGCUGAGAACCUCGGCAUCACCAAUGGCUUCGUGAAGCCCAAGAUGGUCCAGAGGCCUGUCAUCCACCCUCUGUCCAGCCCAAGCAACAGGUUCUGUGUCACCAGCCUGGACCCUGACACGCUUCCUGCGGUCGCCACACUUCUCAUGGACGUCAUGUUCUACUCCAACGGAGUGAAAGACCCCAUGGCUGCCGGGGAGGACUGUGGCCAUAUCCGCUUCUUCUCCUUCUCCCUCAUUGAGGGCUACAUCUCCCUGGUGAUGGACGUGCAGACCCAGCAGAGGUUCCCUAGUAAUUUGUUGUUCACCAGCGCAUCUGGAGAGCUCUGGAAGAUGGUGCGGAUCGGAGGACAGCCCCUGGGAUUUGAUGAGUGUGGCAUCGUGGCCCAGAUCUCCGAGCCCCUAGCUGCUGCGGACAUCCCCGCCUACUACAUCAGUACCUUCAAGUUCGACCACGCGCUGGUGCCCGAGGAGAACAUCAGUGCCGUCAUCAGCGCCCUGAAAGUCAGCCAAGCAGAGAAGCAUUAGGAGGGCCUCUUCUGCUCCUCCCUGUCUGCCCCCCCAGGCCUGGGCCCAGCCCCUACCCUGAAGAUUCUUCUCGCAGUAUUUCUCACAGACUGGAAAAUCGGCCCCAGGGUCCCCCAAGAAGGGGCCUCUGGGAGACACCCCCGAUUGCUUUCCCUGCCAGGCCCGGGGCCCAAGCCAAGACCUCCCCGUGCCCUCCUGCCUUCCUGGAGCCCCCAGACCCUCCAGAGAACCCCUAACCUCCUCCUCCCCCCACUCCUACUCCAGAAAACGGUGUCCGAGGCCCAGGGAGUUCACAAGCCCACCCACCUUCCCACCUGGCCUUGCCUACAGCUGGGGGCAGAUGCUGAAGGAAGCAGGGGCCUCCUACGAGACAAUGGGGUUCUGAUCCUCACGUCAUCUUGGGGAGGGAGCUGGCCGAGUGGGGCUGAGUUCACGGAGCCAGGGGAGGCCCCCGUGAGGACCUGGGGCUGGAUGUUGCGGUCGCUGGUCUCUGGAUCCAUCAGCUCCGGGCUGGUUCCCGCAGAGUGGAGGCCAGUGGGCGGCCCUUGGGUCACGGGCUGGGGCAGCUCUGACAAGCCUGGGUGGGGCCCCCGAGCUGGGGAGGACCCGCGCCACCCAGAAUUCCGCCUGCCGUCCAGAGGGCUUCUGCCCCGACUCCCAGCAAGACUGCCAAGGAGGCCCUGUCCAGACCCUCCCCACCGUAAGCACUCACGCCUGGGGGCGGUUCCCAGGAGACCCACCAGCCUGGGGCACGAGCGCCUGUCCCCUGUUGCUUUCUCCGGACCCUACUUGGGCAAGGCAGAGCCUUGGUAUUCCCCAAGCAGGGGCAUCCCCAGCAAUCUGGACCUGGGGUUUCUUGGGUCACCCCCACUCCCCAGCAGUUGACUAGACCAGCACAGGGUUCCCCCGUUAUCCUGCUCCCCUCCCCUGCCCCACUUUUGGGGGAUGUGGAAGGCCUCUGGCCCCCAACUCACCUGCCUGCCUGCCCCUCAGCUGGGGGACUGUGGCACUCAUGAGUACUUGACCUGGGGGGCAGCUUAUCUGAGCCUUAAUAGAGAAACUGUACCGUACGUUUUAGUUUCUUAUUUAAUAUAUUUGCGCCCAGGCUGCAGUUUUCAGGGGACGGGGCCUGCUGAGUUCUUUCGGUGGGCCCAGAGGCUCAGCGUCACUCGGCUGGUGCCCUGUGGCUCCAGGGACAGGCAUGAGAAUCGGGAGGUGUCCCAGGAGCGUUGGCCCUCUCUUUGGAGCAGGAAGCUGGCCGCAGAGGUCUGUUGCAAGAUCAGGGUCCCCGCCGGGGCACCCCACACGGAGCUGCGCAUGCAGCCCCACUGACAGGUGCCCAGGGAGCCGUGGUCCUGUCUGAGCAUCAGAGGGGACCCAAAGGCCACAGGGUGGUGGGCAGUCAGGUGGCAGGCCAGCUGAGGUGGCCUUGUACCCCUGGAGGCUGGCCAGGGAGAAUGGAGUGAGCCCCCCGUGCCUCCCCUCCCACCGGGGGUGCUUCCUAAGCGAGCUGGACCAGAGGGUCCACUGAGGCUCCCGCCCUCCCUGAUGCUCCUUCUCGGGCAGCAUGGCUGACUUCGGCGCCGUUCCUGAGAAGCUCAGAGGAGAGAGGACGUUCCCUUAGGCCAAGGGCUUGUGUGGGCCCCACUCCCCACCUUCUCCCAGCGUUGUGGGACCCCCUGAGCCCGGGCAGCCCACCACGGAAGAGCCGUGGGUCUGGAUCCUUGAAGAUGCUCAGGGCCCAAGCACUGAUUAGGAACCCACUUCUUUUUUUUUUUUUAAGUUAAUUCAUUUUGCACAAAGCUCCAAAACAACCAAAACGUGUCCACUGUUUGCCGGCUCCAAAACGGGGGCGCAUGAGCGGGCAGGGAGGGACCCGAAGCCCUGAGUCCCCUUUCUCUCUCCUUGGAAGGCCUUGAUUUUCCGUGGCGCGCCUCUCCAGACUCCCUCCUGUCAGGUCCCCUGAUGGUGUCACCUCUCCGCCUUCCCUCCCUGCCGAGCAAGUGUGUCGGCGCCGUGACCCCAGAAACGUGUGCUACCCAGACCCCCCCCCGAGAACGUAUCUAUUGUACACACCUAUAAAUACCUGUGUUUUAUGUUGAUAUAGAUAUAUACUGUAAAUAGCAUAUAUACUUGAGCAAUAUAUAUGUUAAUACAUGCCAUGUGAGCACGCACACGCGUGUGUGCACAGUACGUGGACGCGGACCCCACUGUGUGUGCGCGUGUGUGGGCGUGAGGGCCUCCGCCCGCCGUGUCUGCUCUGCACACAGGCACGUUUUGAGCCACCGUAUAUUUUUAAAUCAAGUAUAUAGGCAAUACCUUAUCAGAGAAGCCGUGACUUGAGAGAGAAACAAAACCAGCAGCCCAAGAGCGGAGCCCCCGGAAAGCUGGAUUCAGCCCCAUUUCCAUGGCCAAGGCCCCUGGACACCCUUGUUUGGUCCGGGGGAUGGUGGUACGGAGGCAGGAGUGAUGGCAUUUCUUCUGACUCCACAGCAGAAAGGCCCUCUUCCCGUUGCCCUGAGCCCGAACACCUGGGCAGGGAGGUGGUCCCGCUCCAGCUCUCCACCCGGGGUCCCCCCCGCACCCCUACAUGGUUGUUCUGCGUCUUUUUCACCCGCAAGCUUAGAAACCACAGGUUCUUUUCCCAGGCCUCCUCCUGGAUACUGGCCCUGUCUAGCCAGAAAAAGGACCAGUGCCCUUGACCUUGUGUCCAGCAGGGGCUGGGCGAGGCCUGGGCCCGAGCGGCCACCUGGAGCUUCCCCUCCCCGCUCCCCUCUCGCUGUCUGCGUGCCCGUGAGGAGCGUAGUCGCAGGGACUUGGUUUCCACGGCAGUUUGGGGGGAGGAAUGUCCCCCCCCGGUUUGCUGGGUUGGGGGGUCUCCAGACCCACGGGGCCGAGGCUCUCUUGGCUCUGGCUGGCCGGGCCCAUGGCGGGGGCAGGGAGAUGGGGCUCCCGAGCAAGGCUGCCGAGGGGAGGGGUGAGUGGUGGCCCCAGGCCUGCCGCCUGGGCUCUGGGUGUGUGUGGAUUUGCCUCUGUGUCACUCCCUGGUAAGAAAAGCCCACGCCAGCUAAAGGCCACCCCUGCCCCUCGCCUGCCCCAUCCCUGCGCGCUACAGAGCAGCGUGACCACCCCUGUCUCCGUGGCUCAACCCUCAGGGUGGGUUCCUCUGGUUCCUGAGAAACAGCUUUCUCCCUCAGCACCCCGACUCACCUCUCAGCACCCCGUCUCGGCGGAGCAGAGGUGGGCGGGGCCAGCGCUGCGCCUCCUUCCUCCAUGGGGGGUCUCCAAAGCCCAGGGCACACAUCCAAGCUAGAGAGGUGUGCGGACUUCCCAACCCCGGGAUCCAGGGGGUCCAGAGUCUCCCACGCACCAGCGUUCUCCCCCUUCCACCAACUGCAGGCCACGGGCCCCUGGUGGGACCCAGAGCCGCCUGCCGUGCCUCCCCCAUCAGGCAGCAUGGCCUUGGUGACCAGUGCGGUGUCCAGAAGAAGAUUCGUGGUCUGGCGAGGCUUGUCCCCUGUGAGGUGACAGAGGAUGGGCCUGGAGGUCAGGAGAGAAGGUUCUGGUUUGAUGGGUAGGGUGAGGCCCCCGUCCCAAGCCAAGGGCACGAAGUCACCUGAUAGUCAAAGAUGAACCCCCCCACCCCACCCCCCGACCGGCCCCUCCUGGCCGCAUUUCUCAGGCUCACCAUUAGGAGUCCCUGGGCCACGCUUCUGGGCCUCUGGAUCUGCACGUGCGGACAACUUGGGCCCUUCCCAGCCAGGGCUAAGAGGGGCCUUGAGGAUUUCCCAGGCGUCAGCAGAGCACUCCUGUGCUCUGUGACCCAGGAGUUUUUGAUGCCACUUCCUGAGUGAAACCUGAGUGGGGGGUAGGCGGAACCGCCCCGUAGAUCUGUGUCCCCCGUAAGUGGGGGCAGCCGGUCACAGCCGCUGGGAAAUAGAGCAGGCGUCUGGCCUGGUGAGCAGAGCUUGAGGGGGGGGGAUAAUGGAGUCUCCCCCCCACCCCACCCCACCCCCAAAGACACAAGUUUUGGCUUUUCAGGUUUUCCCAGAUGCUGUACUGGCGGAAGGGCUCAGCCUGGAGGGGGCAGUAACUUCCCUUCAAAGGGGCUGCCAGGUGCCGAGCCAACCAAGGGGGCCGCGGGGGCGGUCAGCCCAGCUGAGGGCGGGCUUGGGGCGAGAGGCCGGGUGCUCCUGAGGGGAGUUGAGCCCUGUAUACCUUUUCCUGUCUCAGAGCUCCUCCCAGCUAUUCUCCCCUUCAUUUUCAAAUUGGAGGCAACACCAGGGCAAGCUUCACUGUCUCUCGUAUCCUUUCCUUAGACCCUGGGAGGAAGCCACGGGGUGGGCCGUGGCCUUCAGCUUUGACGUCCACGGCCUCCUGUAUGAAACCUGCUCUGUUGAGAAGGCGAGGCCCAGGCGGGGGAGCUGUUGGCCGAGCAGCCUGCUGUCCUUGGGGCCGAUGGCACCAGGAGUGGCCCCGGGACAGAGGGAGAGGCCUGCGGCCUGGCCCGUGGCAUCGGUGGCUGGGAGGGAGUUUGAGGCUCUUGGAUCAAAGGUAGGGGGAGGAGGCCGCGAGUGAGGACAGUGUUGUGUGCUUGGCCACGCGUGCGUUGUGUCCGACACAUCCGUGUGUGUGCGAGCACCUCCAUGCAGCGCCCGGAUCCGAGCCACGGGCCUCGCUCGUUCAGUAUUUUGAGGCCUCGGGAGCCUUGUCACCCGCGGGCCACACGGAGUAGGGGUGAUGGUGCGUGGGUGGCAGGCCUCGCCCUCGGGACUGCCCCACGUCCCUUGACCUUGUUAAAGCUGCUCGGAGGGGGCGGAGGUGUCCCCAGCAGGGGCCCCAAGGGGCCAGCUCUUCAAAAGCGUCCAGUCCUGAAGACAGUAUUCACAGGGAGAGGGUUCAGGUGCAGGCGCCCCUCACCUGCUGGGGGUCCUCUGCAGAGAGCAUCCAGUGAAGUUGGGAGACCAGGGUGGGGGAUGAGGAACGGGCCAAAUUUGGGUCCCAAGACAGAGGGCAAGCCCGGUGCAUUUUCCUGUCCUCUGCCUCAGUUUACCUAUCCAGAAAAUGGUCCAGGAAGUACUGAGCAGGGCUGGCUCCCCAGCUGGGCGGGAUGGGGUGGGGGGAGGGGGCGGACAACACACAAAAUCCCAAGUCCUCCUCUUGCUCCAUGCCAAAAUUAUUUCCGUUAUCCUGAGAUGGGGGUGAGCGGAUGUUGGGUGCAUGAUGGGGCUCUGAGGGGCCUCUGCCCUGCCCAGGGCCUCGCCUUGGGGGUCUCGCCCUCACCUGGCGCGCCACAGGUCACCAGCAGUAGCAAUGGCACUUACAUCUGUCCCAAGCUCUGGGCAAGGGGGAGCACGGGCCACCUGAUGCCCCAGGGCCCUCACGCUUCUCCCCUCUUUGUUGAAGACACACAAAACCCUCAAGAUUCAUGUACUGUAUGGCGGAGAGAAAAAAAGUACCUAAUGUUCCCCCCAAAAAGACAGUAUAUUUUGUACUUUGUAAAGUGUUAAUUAAAACGGAAACAAAAAUGGA